CUUACUACAAAAAAUCAUUACUAUUGCAUCUUAAUCCUUUCUCUUUUUUCUUUUAUCGUCGUUGUUAUUGUUGUAGUUAGGUUGCAGAACGAACUAAAACUUAGGACAAGUCGUGCAUUUAUUUAUUGCUAACGCUGUUAUCAGUAUAGGCUCAUGUUACGGCCUGUUAUUGGGGAGUCGGAAAACAAUACAGUGACCGUCAGUGGGAAGCUGAAGCAACGAAGAAGCGUAGAAGUUCUUCACCUCAACCUGUGAUUAAGCUAUGGAGUAUUCUGUUUUGCGGCUAGUUGAUAUAUGGUUAAGUGAACUUCUCCUUGUAACUUUUUUGUGCGUCAUUGUAAAGCGCAGUACCGUCUUGCUCUGCUGAAUCGUCGUUGGUGGUCCAUAGUCCGUAACACAGACGCCGUAACAAAAGGAAGUCAUAGUGAUAAAAAAAAAAAAAAAGUAAAAAAAGCCACAAAUGAAACGUCAAAGUUUUCUUUAUAUGUAGACGUUUGUGGGGUGAUUCGUUGCUCAUAACAGACUGUGCGCAAGGUACCAAACUGCAAUUCAUUGAAACUGCAGGAGCACGCUGGUCGUUCCCACCAAAGACUAAAAAGCCGCACCGUUCGGGACGGAAUUGGUUCGACGAGUAACAACUGGCGAACAGAAAUGAGACAGCGUCGCAAGCAUCGGAGAAGAGCCACCGAUCGCCAGUGGGAGUUGGACUGUCACCAAGUUCAUCUGCCGAGGCGCAUCGAUGUGGCGAGCUCUUCUUAUCAAGCCAAGGGGGCGCUGCGGGUCAACCCCAGGCGCCCCAGUGCUGCACUAUCUACGGAUCAACAGGAAAUACAACAAACAGUUCAAUCGGUUCCACAGCAACUGGCGUCACCUCCACCCCACAGAUGGCUACCGCAUUGCUCACAGGUGGGGGCCGGGUGGCCAUGAUGGUGGACGGUGGCGCGGGGUGCCAGGCCGCCGUGUCUUGCGUGCGAAAGGCGGCGAGCCCUAUUCAGACGGACAGGAGCUCCGCGCUCAGUGGACAGGGUACGGAACAGCAACCACGGCAACCAUUACAGCAACAGCAGUAUCACCGGCAACAAUGGCAACGUGCAUCGAAUCGACUGCCCAAUUCGCGGCAGCUGCCACCCAGAAGUGCAUCACCUUUUACGUCUCCCGCCCUGUCACCUACUCCAUCAUGUGCUUCUGCACCACCUGAACUUGACCCACUUGCAUACGUGCCACCAACACAAUUGCCACCAACAGCGGCGAAAACAACCCCGGGUCCCCAAUCCACCCCGCUCGACGAAACCUCACUACUGCCAGCAGACGGUGGCCGAGGACGCGACGAAGUUACCCUGGUCAGCGGCACAGCCCCUCAAGUUGGGGGUGGAGUCACCGCUGGUGGGGCGUCACGCUGGAGCAAGCUUCGCACCACGGUGCAAAUCUCGGGCGCAAUCAACGUGGGCAGUCAGAGGAGUAAGCCGCCACUUAAACGGGAGGACUCAUUCUUGCAGCGAUUCUCGACUCGACACAUAGGCGAACAGCAGGACGCCGACGGCAAUCCGGUGUCGGAGGGUACGGUACCCACGAAGCGUACCCGGCUGCUCUCUCAAGCCACCUGCUCGCAGCUGUUAUUUGGCGUCAUCAAUCCCGACGAGAACGCGCUCUUCCUCUGGCUUUGGGUGCUUACCAUCUGCGUCCUAUACAACGCGUGGGCCCUUAUUCUAAGACAGACAUUCACCGAGAUUCAGAAUAUCUCGGUCCACAUGUGGAUAGCGUUCGACGGAUUCUCGGACCUUGUGUACCUGUUAGAUAUUGCCAUUCAGUUCCGAACGGGCUAUCUCGAACAAGGCCUUAUGGUUUGCGAUGCUAGUAAGCUUGCCGGACACUACCUACGCUCCAGGAGCUUUUUGAUGGACAUUGUCGCCCUGACCCCACUCGACCUCUUGCAAUUAAGGUUUGGAUUUGCGCCAUUACUCAGAUUCCCCCGAUUCAUCAAGGUAUACCGCUGUUAUCGAUUCUACUACAUGGUUGAGAGUCGCACCAUUUAUCCGAACCUUUGGCGGGUCGCCAACUUGAUCCACAUCCUUCUUCUGCUGUCGCAUUGGUUCGGCUGUUUUCACUAUAUACUCUCUGAGUUCGAAGACUUCCGCGGCGCCUGGGCGUACACAAAUCCGCACAAGGCCAACAACUCCGAGUGGCGAGCCAUUACCCGCAAAUACGUUGCCUCCGUAUAUUGGUCCACGCUGACGUUGACCACCAUUGGCGGGGAUCACGUCACACCCAGCUCAAACUUGCAAUAUGCAUUUACGAUUCUCUCGUAUCUAAUUGGCGUGUUUAUAUUUGCCACAAUCGUGGGACAAGUAGGAAACGUCAUUACGAAUCGAAACGCGUCACGACUCGAAUUUGAACGUUUACUGGAUGGGGCAAAACUGUACAUGCGCCACCACAAAGUGCCACAUCAAAUGCAGAGAAGAGUCCAGCGCUGGUAUGACUACUCAUGGUCACGCGGCCGUAUGCGCGGUGGAGGCGAUAUCAAUUCGGCGCUGGGAAGUCUUCCUGAUAAGCUCAAGACAGAGCUGGCGCUCCAUGUCAACCUUAAGACUCUGAAGAAAGUGACAAUCUUCCAGGAGUGCCAGCCGGAGUUCCUCCAUGACCUUGUGCUUAAGAUGCGUGCGUACAUAUUCACCCCGGGCGACCUGAUCUGCAGGAAGGGCGAAGUGGCACGAGAAAUGUUUAUCAUCGCUGAUGGUAUCCUUGAGGUAAUAAGUGAGACGGGUAAGGUGCUCACGCAGAUGAAAGCUGGCGAUUUCUUCGGCGAAAUCGGCAUACUCAACCUGGAUGGUUUCAAUCGUCGUACAGCUGAUGUGCGCUCUGUCGGUUACUCGGAGCUGUUUUCGCUGUCCCGCGAAGACGUCCUCUCGGCCAUGAAGGACUAUCCAGAAGCCCAGGAGAUCCUGCAGGCCAUGGGUCGCAAACGCCUGAUGGAAGCAAGGCUCGCGGCUGCAAACUGCGUUAACACAAGUCAAACAAACACAACCUCUAAUACAACGUUUAAACAGCAGGAGCUGAACAGGCAAUUCCAAGGAAAUGCAGGGACAUUAUCAGGUUUAGGCACAGUCGAUUCUGUAGCACCGACAGGCGCUGGCUCCUCACAAGGAUCUACGCAGUCGGUACGAUCUCUCUCUACUCAUGGCCCCCGAUCUAUGGAUACCAUCCGCAAACUCCGUAAGGACCUCAAAUACCUUUUCAGAAGUAGGACCCUCGCCCCUAAUGCAUCGUCCUGUUGCACCGCAGAAAAUGCUUCCAUUCGUCCGGGUUUUGGGAACACCUACCAGCACAGUAGUGGACCCCACUCACAACAGCAACCCCAGCAACUUCAAUAUCACUCACAUGGAAGUAGCGCGGUAGCCAGUUCCGGUCCAACCGGAAUGAACAAAUCGAUCACCCGUCUACUCAGUGAGUCCUCCAACAGGCCGCAAUCAACGCACCGCGACUGUUCCCUUCUUACGACAUAUAAGGAAUCUACUUUUGGUGGAUCUCUUGAAGACACAUUUCAAAGACGCUUCCAUGUGGAAAAUUUUCGCCAGACUUCAACCGGUGGAAUCAACUCAAUCAAUCCACCGACCGCACCUUGUAAAGGCCAAACGACCGAAGAAUUCCGGUAUGGUGAUGAGGGAGUAGCAGAAGGUGGUCCUUUAUCACCGCCUAUCGCGUCAGGUAGGGGGGUCCCACAGCCAUCGCAACAGCCACUCGGAGCAGGAUUGAGCCUUCUCGAACGGAUCAAACUCCUGAAAGAGGUGGAACGUCAACGCAAGUCAAGCACUGCGUCGUCCUUGUCGCUGACGCAGUCAAUGGGAAGCGGGGCAGUCGGGAACAUUGCCCCAAUAAGCUCCGUUCCUUCAGCUUCUACUGCUGGUUCCGCCUUAGCCUCCUCCGUUUCAGUAUCAGCCACUGCUCCUCUCACCUCAAUCUCAAUCGCCACCGCUAUGACGACAAGCAGUAGCGCCACAGCAGCAGUAGCAGCAGUUCCCGUAGGGCAUAACCAUCAGCAACAGCAACAACAGCAGAUGACAACUACGCGGAUCCCCGUGCACUCGCUACGGCACUGUCACCCUGCAACGGGCAGAUCGCCCCGAUCCGAGCUUUUGCUGUUACCACAGCAACCAACGACAGGAUCUCGAGCGACACUUUCCGUCGGCACCGGGCAACUCGAAGCGCGUCGUUACUCUGCGACGCCGCCUUCUAGCCUGCCAUUGCUACAUUCGCACGUCCCCAAGUUCCAGUCACAUACACACGGACAUCAUCUGCAUGGCCAACAGCAGUUGUAUGCGCUAGCAGACGUCCCUCUCACGCCCGAUCAGUCUUCAGUUCACUCGCGGCCGCAGCGCAUCGUUGAAAAUCUCCGGCGCGCUACCAUGGUGUCGGCAACAUUCGAGGCAUCAUCGCCACCUCCGUUAAACGAUGCUGCUUCUGGCACCGAGGUUCCUCUACUUCGAAGGGUUCUUAUGCUCAAACGGCGUGCUUCAGACGAGAAUUCGCGAGCGGCAUCCCGCCCCGAGAGCCUGCAGCUGACCGAAGUUCCUCCGGCACAGCUAAACGUUUGCAGUGUAGGAUCAGGCUCACGGGGGAGAAUGUCGCUUGCGAAAGUCUCGCCUCGGACUGAGACUACCGUGAACGAAUGGCUCGCGUCGUCAAGUGCGAAGUCGUCAUCAGUAGAUAUUUCGCAGACUGAGGUGACCGACGUCAACUCAUCACAGACAUGCGGGCAGCCCGCGACGCAGCAGCUAGGUUCGAACAGAGAAAUGACGCAGGAUCUUGCAGAUUUGUCGCGGCCCCAAUCGGGGGCCGGCGAUGCGUCAUCGGCCAUCAGAGCGCCUCAUCACAACAGUCGCAACAGCGGAAACGGGAUCAACCGACGAAGGAGCAACGGGGACGACGGUGGCAGCAGCAGUAGUCUUCAACCACUAACAGCUGAGACGGACGAAGUAAGUGGCUCGCACUCAACAUUCCGUACGCUACUUGUGCAACAACGACAUCAGUUCUCCACAGCGACAUCUACAACGAUCAGUUCCACUUCCACUAGGCGUACGUCAUCCCGAUCGAUAACUAUGAUGACAAUGGCUAUAGAGGGUAGUGACGGCGGUGGCCAUAGUACAGUGCCCGUAGCUGCAGUAAUGCAAAUGCCAGUACUUGAAGUAGGUGCAGCCACACGUGUUAUUGGGCAACAAAGUGAUCAUGGAUGCGUGGUCAUCCCUAACCCCGUUGUGAGUACUGCUAAUACCCCUUCUACCACUAGUGCCGUGGCUAACACAACCAGUCCAUCUUUCAAUGGCAAUCUACCCAGCCCAAGCCUGAUCGCCAGCCCGCACAAGCGUGCAUUAUGGCGGCGGGCGACUCGCGAGGGCUAUGCGAUGCGUCGCGCAGUACUUAAACGAAUGUGCGCCAUUGAACAGGCGCCUUCACCUAACGAGGACCAGUCACCAACGUUGAGGCAGCUGCAGCAGACGACCCAGCUUCUAUCGGGAGCCGGAGGAGGUCAGCCUCUUCCACAAGACGUACGGCAACAGGCGACACCGAACAAUCAAGGAAUUACAACGCGCGUGACCUCAUCAGAAGAUACUUACGUCAAAGGAGAUCUACCUCGGGAGAAGGCCGUUACUCAACCGACAUUAAAGGCUGUGCCGUUUGAGACGGGACAGAUCAUUAUAGCUGACCCGGACAACGUUGAGGUGAUGGUCGCCUCCGCCAUGAAGCAGAUCAAGUUAGCGGUCACCGAGUAUCUGAGGGACACACAUAUGGAGUUAACCUCAAGAGUCGAGGCGCUGGAAAACGAACUCGAACGGAAGGAUAGUAUCAUCAGCGAGCUUCAAGACGAGCUUGUGUACAAAGAAAGGGAGCUUCGUCAGCAGCAGUUUAAUACAAGCUUUAUAGGCGACUUGUGCUCAUUAAGCGACUCAUCAUUCGACUCCGAGGCGGAAGAUGGUGCACUUUUACUUGCUGCGACGCCCAAAUCGGAGUCACCUGCCACCGACGCACCUGAGAUUGGCCCGAAUGGCCUCAUCAGCAGCAACCAUCACUGCUGCGAGCAACAUCAGCAGUGCAGCGAACACUACUACGGUACCACCACUGCUGGAUUAGGGCACGUUGACACCAUCACCUCUGUUUCGGCGGAGCACCUCGCGCAACAGCUCUCGGAAACCUACACGUGCCUGCAAAUCCCAAGCACCGCCUCUGAAGGCUUCGAUCUUUCGUCGCGGAACUCGUGGCCGAAGCUAGGCGGCCAGGGGUCUUCGCCUGCGUUCGACGAAGAUACAGCCGGCAUGGAUGGUGCUUGUUGUGGUGAGCUGAGCGCGUCAUGGCACGAUCACCUAGAUGCGACCCAGGACCCGCUUGCUCUAGGGGCCGGCACCAGCAUGGACCCAGGGCAGCCUUCCCACGUCGGCAUGGUGGUAGCCUCUAAAAUCGGGCCGGACGACCUCUGGAAGCUCGAGUUUCCGCAAAGUUUCGAUAUUUCAUCGAAGACGCCGAGUUUUGAUCGUGGCAGUCGAAUAUCAGUGAAUAACUCGACUCACGACGUCGGCCAAGCGGAACGUGGCCAGAUCGCUGAUGAAAAAGACAAUAAAGACACGACAACAGUGAUAAGGGGCCAACAAAGGGACACGCGUUACAGACCGAGUAAUGUAAGCGCGUCCAGUAUUCAGCUGCCCGUAUCCGUUCGAAAGCAGUUCACACUGAGUCGAGAUGGAAACGUGCAACAAUCCAGUGAUGACUGGGAAGUAAAGAUGCUCGUUGAACAGUUCGACGCGAAAAUGAAGAAACGAUCCCUGGAGGGUCGAAGACAUUCGUCGUGUGAUAUUCAGUCGUGGGAUCGUUUAAUCCUCCAGGCCGAGACGAGUUCGAAUGCCGGGGCGAUCCGAGAUAUCGCAGCCGGAAACAGCCAACAGUCUACCGAUAUUGCCCGAAGAAGAUAUGGGCGGAGCUCGCGCAUGUUUCUUUCGCGAGUAGCGGGAGUCUGUACGGAGCUGGGAACGUCGCGACGAGCCGAAAUCCGGCGGGCGUCUCUCGCCAGAUUUGCAUCCGUCGAUGUGCCCUCGUUAACGGAAAAUCAGAAACCCCCAAGUGAUGAACACUGUCUGUCAUCGUGGACCAACUCCUCUUCUGUUCGCGUAGACUCCUUGGAUCCUCCUUUACCCCGCUCCGAGGUAAACGUGACCAGUCCACCUCGUCAGCCGGUCCUUAAUCUGGGCCUAACCCCGUCCACAAACGCAGCUCGCGAAAGCGCUUCCCGAACCAUUCCCCCGCCGCUGAACUCCCAACAGCAACAACCGUCACAUCAAUUUUUGACCGGGGCGAGUCACGACGCUCUCGUCGCCACCUUUCGUCGCAGAACGUACGCGCAGUCCCGUUUUAACUCAAUGGUUGUGGGGGAGACAGCAACAGUGGACACCUCCAGCCCUACAGAACCGAUGCUCGCCUCGAGCCGAUCACGUCCGCCCCAAUGGAAAAGUCUCGAUGAAGAAGCUAAACACAAAAGCCAAAGCUCCGCGGCCUUGUCAGAUACAGAUUUUUGGCUGGAAAACGCGCGUGAUUCUGUCGAUUCUCGAGAUAAGCUGCCCCAGAGCGAAUCAGCCAAUGAUUUGCCACCCUGGUCGCCUAUCCCACAUCCGCCCGCUCAAGCUAUUGGCUUACCAACCAUUAGAGAAGGUUCGCGUCUCAUUGACCAGAAAUCAGAAAUGUCAGACGAAGAGGACAACGAUUCUUCCUCGACUAGGACUACGGUUUAUAUUGACAUCGACUCCGCAUCUCCUGACAAAGCUCCGGAAAGCGCGAUUUCAUUGUUGCUUGCUCGCGACAGUAAUGGCGGUGACGACUCCCCUGACGCGAUUGCGGCUGAACGGGGGUCGGUGUCGAUAACCGUUGAAACGACGACGCCAACAACGACAGCUUACCCCGCGCUCGUACCGCUUGCGGCACCCGGAUCACAGGACGCCGAGCGACCAUAUCCAGCAGAAAAAAGCCAUGAGAGCGGUUCAGGACUUCCAGGCGACGGGUCCUCGCGAAUCUAACAUGCGAUAACGUCGGGCCAUUUUCUCAGAGUCUGCGCCAUUCAGCUCGUCUGUCAAACGUCGACAGUCUUUCUGAUAGAAGUGAUACUAAUUAUAUGCGACGAUAGCGAUUACAAUGAGAACCAUUAUCAAUGUCGUAGCAAUGAUAGCAACGCUAGGAACGGUGCUGGUGUCCAUUACGUCGUCAGAAAAUGAAAUAAGUCUACUCAUAUACGGAAACUCAAUCGUUUCCACCAUCUUGAAUUUCGGUCCUAAAUACCGAUUGCUUGCACUGUUUGCCGAACGAAUAUAUAAGAGCUAUGAAAAAUAACAAGGAUGCGAACGUGGCCAGCCUGAUGAGGAGUACACGGAAAAUCCUGACGACAAAAGCGUAAUGUGAAAAUAGCCUUGAAAUGAGUUAGCAUUGACCGUUACCGUUACUAUAACAUUAUGAUCGUUACUAUAAUUAUUGAUAAUUAUCGCCUGCCGGUAUAAUGAAUAGAUGAGAUUAGGAGCGACUAUAUGUUUCCCAUAACCUUUUAUGAUCGAUGCAACGAUUUAACGUAAUAGCAAUUUAGGUAUGCCUUUCUCAUAUGUGGUCUACAUAUACUCAUAGAAAGGAACCUCAAACAAUUACAUUAGGUGCAACCUAACCAACAACUCCAGCAAUUAGCAGCCGUGAAAUAGAGCGGACCAGUUCAUAUUGUAAUAAAAAUCGCAAUGCCUUUCUGUGUCCCGGCGUAAUGCCGCGGGAUUGAUCCGAGAUCUUCCUUUUCUUGAAAUCGUUUCAAGCUGUUUGAUAUAACCAAGAAACUGAUAAUACGCAUGUAUAGAGAGGCAAUCGUUCGCUGGUAAGCAAAUUGAUGACGAACAGGUGGCUUGCUCCCGCAUCUGACCGCGUAAAUGUUCAUGAUCGUCUAUAACCAUAGUUACAAUAAUAUAGUCUUAAUAAUGCCACAAUAUGGAGGAUUGAUCAGAAAAAAAAUGGAGGGAACGAAGGUUACUCAUAACGAAAAGUACAGAAAGGGAGCAACAACAAAAAAGCAACGGCAGGAUAUUUUUAUAGGGGCAUCCUGUUAAACUAUUGCCCCCGGCCUUUUCGAAUGAAGUACAAUAGCAACAAGAAAAGAAACGAAAAAAAAAACAAUGAAAGGAUGUCAAGCUUAUGAAAGCAACCACUAUGUCUGCACAAUUGACGAUUAAUAAUUGACGAUUGCUUGAGACAACUAAUGUUGUAAUAUUAUUGCUUAGGAGACUGCGACACUUGGGUGGAAUUAAUGAUCUGAAAGAACUAACUAACUUUAACCUAGUGAUAGCAAUAAUUAGCUCUAUAGAUUUUUGCCAUUUUCAAUAAAGGCCUCUAUAUAUGUGUUUGAGGGCCUAGGAUAUGCAGAGAACGUCACCGCUCAUUUGCCGUACGCAUUCUAAGAUAGCGUCCUAGCCUACAUAAGGGAUUUAUACCGCGAAUAAUUCAUUCGCUGCAGCAAACGUCGAUAACCCUAAACGAACUUUUUCUAUCAGGGUGAUCUGUUAGGGCCAAUUUGUCGACUAUAGACGGCAUGGAAAUUUGAGUUCUAUGAUUCUGGACGAAAAUAGUCAGAGCAGCAAAGCAGCUGUAGAAGCAGUAAAAUCUGCCAUAGAUCUGGGACUGCUUAAUUACUACGAAAAUCAGCGAUGCUUGGUUAUCAACAAAAAUUUUACUCAAAUAGAGUAGGUAAUGUCUUCCAUCAACUAUAUGUGACUAGUGCCUUUUUGGGAGGAACCGAGUAUUAGGUACACAGUGUAACUGUGUUAAUACUGUUAUAUAAUAAGUAAGCAAAUUACAAUAUGGUCGUCACAGGCCCCUUCAACUGGCGAAAGCAAAUUUACUUCUGGGUAGGCGUAUGACAAUGUCUGCGAAGAAAACAGUUUUGCACACGGGUUAGAGCCGAAACGAUGCUAUACCCACGAUCGUAUGUGACGUUGAUAAACACCUGACAAUUUGUUCUACGUAUAUUUAAUCGUCAUCUUUUAUCUUAUCAUGCUAUUUAUUUAGAUUAAUUCCGCUCUCUCGUAGUACAAGUUCUUUCAUUGCCAAGCAGUAGCCUCCCCCAAUAUAUAACACCUCUCCAAGCCCCUCGGUUUCUCUCUAAUGCGUUUGAAACCUCCCGUUCUUCGUUCGAGGCUGCUGUACCCUGAUCAAUAGACAUCGCGUUUCGGCGUAUUUUCAACAAUAAGCUGAUCCCGGGCUAAUCCAAUUCACGUAUACACUCAUUUUAGUACUGGUGCGCUUAUAAUAGGAAACUAAUUAUAAUACUAUUGACAGUGGUAACCGCUAACAUUGUGCAUGAUAGAUAGCCGUUAAUAUUGGUGGAUUAUUUCGAUCGAUUCAACGAUCGCGCGGCGUCGAGAAGUUCUUGUCAUAUUUGCCGCAUCUUCCUGGUCCGAGGGCGUGGAUUUCCUCGCACUUUACUAAUCUGGUUAGACCUCUGCUUUAAUUUAACCUAACAAGGUUGUAUCGAUUGUCCUUUAGCACAGCAAAAUCUGCAGGUUUGUUUGACGUUUGCCUAGACUAUCAGGCAACUAUCAUAGGUAAACGAACAUUUUAGGAUUCUAGCCAAGGCACAGUAAUCUUAUGCAGAAUUAAAAAAUGCUCAAUGUUUCCCAGGGCAAGUCUUGUUAAUCAGUUACGUUUGCCACAUUAGUUUGAGGCAGUGUUUGAAUAAAAUGGCGGGCCUCUUGUCGAUUAGUCAUUCAAAACGGUUGUCGUGUUUGCUUAUAUGUACUACUGUCUUACUGAUCCUGAUGGAGCACGAUCCGCGACACCAGAGUCCCCGUCUCACGGUACAAACAGACCUUAAGCCACCAUUAAUUAAUCGCAAUUAUUAUUACAGAAUCGAUCUACCUCAUCAAUACUCUAUCAGUAUAUUUUUAACCUGUUGCGCGCGUCCAGCACAUCCUCUUGUGACAUCUGUUCGCAGUCAAUUGCACACAUUGCAUAAAGCUUAUCUAUUCGUAAUGGUAAUGAUCCAUUCCAAAGUUAACGUCCCGCUAGUUUCAACGACGCUUUACUGGCUUAGAAGUUUGUUCUCGCUAGCCGAUUUCCUGUUGUACGUCGUCAUUAGUUUUGUUUUUGGGUAUAAUUAGACCACAAAUCCCUCUGCGCUUUUGGAAUAAUGCUGCGUGUAUAAAUGCGCGGCAAUCUGCACGAGUGCUGCUGUAGAACAUUUUCUGAAAGAUCUUUGCUGCCAUUGUUUUUUUCUCUAUUUUGCUGUCCCUUUUUCUUUUUCAGCCGCUUAUCAAUGUUUUGAUUGCGGAAGAUCUGAAAGUCUUCUUUGCCUUAUUUUGCGAACAGAAGAUGUGGUUGCCGUCUUGAACGCGGGGGACACCAUGUAGACGAAGUCAGCUGCUGCUGGCGACGCGGCACGCCAGCCUUCAGCAGCCAUUGCAAUCAAAUCUUCGUAUUGUACAGUGGACCCGGUAACUCUCGGCUAGUACAACUCAGUGGAUUUCGAUAACCUCAAAUGAUAGAUUCGCCGCAUCCAUUUGAAAGGCCUAACUUGGUUCCGAUAAUUCCUUUGUAAAAGGUGCCAUAUCUGUUACACACGAAAGUUAGGUUAUCUUAAGCACAGCUUAACUGGCUCAUAAACGGGCCACUGUCUUUAAAACGCUCCUAUUCCAGAUCGGAUCGAUGGGUCAUAUUUUACCUGUAAAUGAAAAUAGUUUCUUAGCGGGCUCCGUCGAAACAGAGAGGCAUGUCCGCGACUUAUUUUGCCAAUGAGAAUCAUUUCAGUGGGAUCAAAGAUGGACAAAACAAAUCGUUCUUUAAAUCGAGUUUGCACGCCUGUGCACUAGGUAACGGUGUGAUUAAAACUAACCAGAAAUCCACAGCUGAACGCCUUGUAACCGUGUGUACUAACACUUGUAAAUCAAAGCAAUAUUUUUACCAACUUAGCAAACAACUUAAUCGUGUGUAUAGAAUUUCCAAACAAUCACCAACCUCUUUGGAUUUUCUGCGUUUGCUCCUUUGGCAAAAUCGAACUCUUGUCUUGAAAUGGAUGCUGAAACCAGCAGUUUUCGACGUUUGAUUCUGGAGGACAAACUGAUUUGUGUUAAGCCAUACCCACAAAUCAGCUACAUAACAGCUACUGUAGCUUUUAAAAACUCACACGGUAGAUUCGCCGAUCAAAAUCCGAUUUAGAUAGUUCACAUUAUUAUUAUUAUUAUUAUACAUGAUCUUAAGCAUAAGAAUCAUUCUCUAAAUUUCUUUUUGUCGGCGUAUAAACUAAAUUUGUUGUUAGUAUUAUAAUUGUAACUAAGAUGUUUUCCGCUGGAUUUAUUUUUAUGCCUUUAUUGUCCCCAUCGGCAGAAAAUGCCAAUACCGAGUAUUAGCAACGAUACAAUAGAUAUCAGCUGGAGCAAUGGACCCGGUUAACAAGCCAGAUAAAAAAAAGUAAACAG